UUUUCUUCUCCAGGUCCGAAGCGAAGGCGGGACGAACGGACCUGAUUCUCCUCAUCCGUUUUCGGCACUGCUGCCUGCUCCGGAACCAGCGCUGCAUCCUGGCUUACCUGUAUGACCGGUUGCUGCGGAUCCGAGCACUAAGGUGGGAGUAUGGCAGUGUCCUACCAAACACCGUCCAGUUUCACAUGUCAGCUGAGGAAGUGGAGUGGUUCAAUCGGUACAAAAAGUCUCUGGCUACCUACAUGAGGUCAGUAGGAGGAGAGGAGGGGCUGGACCUUACACAGGACAUAAAACCUCCUAAAAGCCUGUAUAUCGAAGUGCGGUGUUUAAAAGACUAUGGAGAAUUUGAGAUCGAUGAUGGUACCACUGUCCUGUUGAAGAAGAAUAGCCAGCACUUUUUACCCCGCUGGAAAUGCGAGCAAUUAAUCAGACAAGGAGUCCUCGAGCACAUUCUGUCAUAA